ACUCAUGGUUACAAUUUUCCUCUUUAUUCUAGCAACCGGAUCAUCCUGGGCUCAAUCCACCGAUGACGUGAGUUGGGCCAAACGCGUAGACACGGGCUCACAAGUCGUGACCACCAUGCAAUUCUACUUUCAUGAUACCUUAAGCGGUCGCAAUCCAAGUGCAGUCAAAGUGGCUCAACCGCAGUCGUCCACCAACUCACUUGGAGGGUUUGGUAGCCUAUUGAUGGUCGAUGACCCAUUGACCGAAGGACCCAACAAGAAUUCCAAGCUCAUUGGACAUGCACGUGGGAUGUACGGUCAAGCGGCACAAAAUGAUCUCGGGUUGAUCAUGGUUUUAAACUAUGGUUUCACUGAUGGAGUGUAUAAAGAUAGCUCGUUUAGCCUCUUGAGUUUGAACCCUGCCAUGCAGACGGUUCGCGAGAUGGCGAUUGUUGGUGGUACCGGACUUUUUCGACUAGCACGUGGUUAUGCAUUGGCUCGAACAUAUUGGAUUGACCCUAGUACCGGCGAUGCAAUUGUAGGGUACAAUGUUACGAUUACUACUUAUAUUUAAUUUUUGUUGAUGUUGGUUACCCUUUUAGUACCACGUGUAUGUAAGAUUACUAUUUAUACGUAUUUAGGAUAUAGUAAAAUGUUGUCAAUGUUGUUUGUCA